ACUCUGGGAAAAUAUUGAUGACCACAUCCUCAUCUUAUCUCUCUUAUAGUCUUAUCUACUCCCCCCCCCCCUCUCAAGCUAAAUCUGUAGUCGUAUAAAAUUUUAAUCAUUACACUGUCGCUUCUUUCCAUUAACAUUUCUGCCCCUAUACCUUACUUCCAUAAAUCUUCCCCCUUUUCGUUUUAAUUACAUUAAGAUUAGAAUCGCCAAAUGACAAUUAAAUAUACACCUUUUUAUAAAUACAGUCUUACAUAUUCGCCCCCCGGGUGAAACUGCUUCUCUUUGGGUCACCGGUCCUGUAGAUCUUCCCCUAUCGGAAGCACAAAACAGGUUCCCAGCAAUCCCAAACAUCUUGAGACCAAAUUUAAACAAGUGGAGCCGGAUAUGGAAUUUGAGGAGCACGACGAGCAGGAAGACGACAUCGAGAUCCCGGUGUCGCCUCCUGCUUACGACUCCCUCCCCAACAACUCUGUCCCCAGGUCCAAAAUAAGUGUCUCCGGUGGAGCAGCAGCAGGAGCAGAGGGUGGCGCCUCUGCCGUCACACCUGGCCGCAAGGCUGAGCCCGGAGUAACAGCCAGGUACCGAGAAUGCCAAAAGAACCACGCCGUCAGCCUCGGUGCACAUGCGGUCGAUGGCUGCGGAGAGUUCAUCGCGGCUGGAGAGGAAGGCACGCUCGACGCGCUAAAAUGCGCCGCCUGUAACUGUCACCGAAAUUUCCACCGUAAGGAGACGGACAGCGGGGACAUGACCCCGCAUCCGCAGCUGCCGCCGCCGCCGCACUACCAGUACCACCAGCAGUAUCCACCGUACUACCGUGCUCCUCCGCCACCAGCUGGGUACCUCCACCACCAUCUGACGGCUCAGCCGAUGGCGAUGCAGAGGUCCUUGGCUCUGCCGGCUCCGGCGCCGAUUAGAGAUGAAGAGGACAUGUCGAAUCCUAGCAGCAGCGGAGGCGGAGGAAGCGGAGGCGGGGGAGGGAAGAAAAGGUGUAGGACGAAGUUCACGCAGGAGCAGAAGGAGAAGAUGCUGGCAUUCGCGGAGCGUGUCGGGUGGAGAAUCCAGAAGCAUGAUGAAGCUGCGGUGGAGCAAUUCUGUGCCGAGACUUGUGUCAAGAGACAUGUACUUAAGGUUUGGAUGCACAAUAACAAGAACACUCUCGAGAUUUCUGAUCCAAGAGUGAUACCAUUUUAUGCUCCUUUCGGCACAAUUCUCGCUUGUUCAUAUGUACUACUUGUUGAAGAAGAGAUACCUCGUCCUCCAUUGAUUGCUCAAAAGACUUUCAGUUAUUGACCUCUCUUUUUUGUGUUGGGUCGCUGUUGCUUUAUUUUUUGUCUGAAAAGGAGGGAGACCCUGAAAUUUUGAUGCUUUUGAAAACCCAUAUUCCUGCCUAUGUGUGGUUGGGCGGGGGAGUGUGAAAAUAUAGAAAGAAAUGAAAGAAGAGGUGAAGUUAACAAAUAAGAAAUAACAAGGAGUGGACAUUCACGCGGCAAAAUCGUACACUGUUCAUCUGCACCGUCACAGACCACAGACACAGUCUUGCAGAUGUGCAGGCUCUUCUGAUUAUCAUGGACACCUUCUUAAUGCCCCCCCUUCUGCGUUAUUUUAAAUAAUAUGUGAAUAUUUCUCAUCUCAGCAUUCUCUUAAAUUAACCGUCAACCACGCAAUUCAAUUUUUUGUUAAAUACUCUUCUAGUACUUAACUUAAG